CAUCCCUCUUUUCUUCUCGUCACCUCGAUGCUCCGGACAGUGGUUCCCGAUCCAUAUCAAGAUACGAGCACAACACUGCUACUAACCUAGGCCUCUCCCGUGCCCACAGACCCAUCCCCCAGGCUCGAAACCACAGGUUAACCAGAACCCCCCCCCCUUAAACUGAAAUCUUGACCAACAGCCCACCAACCCCUAUCACAAACCUAACCGAUUCCUCCGGCGGAUAGACUACAGGGCGCCUGAACUUCGAAUUCUCUACCGGUAUGAUACAACUACUCGUACAGCCAAAUCUUACCCCUAUCACACACAGCGCAAAGGGCCUCAGACCGGGACCAGGGAGUAAGUACCAAGACCUGAUCUCCGACUGGAGAACCACAACAACGAACCCUGGGAAAAUAGCGCCUACAAGAUGUAGCCCUCUCUUGAGAGGAGAGAUGAGUUGUUUUUCAUUCUUAAUCGGAUAUAUCCAACUGGAGAAAUUAGCCAUGCAAGAUGCAAAAUUUUGGGGAGAGUGGAACAGGUGCUCAGAUAUUCGCAAUAUGGGAUAUAUAAUACAAGUACUACCGGCAGCAAUAUUGGCAUGGCAUGUUUUGCAAAGGUGUGUGUAACUUUCUGAACCCCAAUUCGGCGUUUCACGGAGGCCA